GAUUAUAUGGUAGAAAUUAGAAAAUAUAGAAUAUUUUUUACCUAUCUUACCUGAGCUUAACAAUUUUUUUUAUAUCCUGGCCGUGGCCGUGGUCCGUACUUCGUGGCCUGUGCCUAAUAUUCUUGUCUAAGCGUUCAAGUAAUCAAAUAUUAUUUACAAGUUCACUUUUUACAUUUUUGCAUUGCAUUAGUUUAUUAAUUAUUAUAUUACCUGUAUAAUAUUUGUCUCAAUACUUAUAUAAAUAGGUACAUGCAUUUUUAAUAAUCCAUUGUUAAAUUCUCUACAUAGGUUGUUAUUUGAAAAAACCUUGCUAAAAUGUUUCAAAUUACAAGACAUAGUGCAAAAUUAUUUAACACAAAUUUCAGUGCUUUAAGAAAAUAUGCAGAUACUCCUAAUGUAUCAACUUUAAAGGGUGGUGAAAAUAUUUUGUAUUCGUCAUUACAAAAAAAAUUUCCUCAAGCCAAAGAAAUUAAAAUCAAAGAUAUUUCAGGUGGUUGUGGUGCAAUUUUUGAAGUAUUUAUUUCCACAACAGAAUUCAAGGGAAUGAGUAUGGUAAAACAACACCAACUUAUUAACGAAGUUUUAAAAGAUGAAAUUAAGUCAAUGCAUGGAAUAAGAAUACAUACAGAAAUACCCGUUGAAAAUAACAAAUAGAACUAAUUAUGUAUUAUAAAAAGAAAAUAGUUAUUAUAGAAUAGAAAAGACUUUUCUGUUGUAUACUUUUUGUUCACUAGGGAUAUGCUUCAUGUGUGGAGGCUAUUAGCUGUUUUAUAUUCAUUAUUUUUGUACCAUUAUUAUAGCAUCUAUUCUCUGUCUCAAAAGACAACAAUCACUUUUUGAAUGAUGCAAUUGGCACUUCCAGAACCACCUGAUCGCUGAUAACUCAGGGUUGUUGGUUGGAGAAGCAAACCACUAACAAAAAUCAGUUAGCCGACAAAUUAUUCUUUUUUAAGUCGGUAUAUAUUAUUUUAUUAAAACUCUAAACUUAAAAUUUAAAAAAAAAACAUAUAACCUUAUCUAUACUUCAGAAUUUUUUCAAUACAUGUAUACAUGUCAAUUGUGCAAUAAACAUAUUUUAGGAA